CACAGCUCAACUGGACUAGGCUGAGAAAAAAUACGUCUUCUGUCCUCUCUGGAUGACGGACUAACCGGGGUUCAGCAGCGGAGACGCUCACUUGACUGACGAUGGGUGUAGGCUAUAAAUGUAACAACAUGGCACAGGUUUGACCCCGGAGAUGCCGAAGAGACGAGACAUCCUAGCCGUUGUGUUGAUUGUGUUGCCCUGGACACUACUCAUCACUGUUUGGCAUCAAAGUGCCAUCACCCCCCUGCUCGCUAUUCGAAAGGAUGACAGUCAUGCCAGUCGCUCCAACUCCAGGAACACCUUUGCCCUCAAGGAGUCCUGCUCCCAGCAGAACCGGGACAUCGUGGAGGUGGUGCGCACUGAGUAUGUCUACAGCCGGCCUCCGCCCUGGUCGGACGUGCUGCCUACAAUCCAUGUCAUCACCCCCACCUACAGCCGGCCGGUGCAGAAGGCGGAGCUGACACGUUUGGCCAACACGUUUCUCCACGUCCCCAACCUGCACUGGAUCCUGGUGGAAGACUCUCAGAGGAGGACCUCACUCGUUAGCCAGCUCCUCAAGGACUCGGGCCUCAACUACACCCAUCUCAACGUGGAGACCCCCAGGAACUACAAAGUGCGGGGGGACACCAGAGACCCCCGAAUACCAAGGGGAACCAUGCAAAGAAACCUGGCCCUGCGCUGGCUCCGGGAGACCUUCAGCGUCAACAACAGCCAGCCAGGGAUCGUCUACUUUGCAGAUGACGACAACACGUACAGCCUUGAAUUGUUUGAGGAGAUGCGUUUCACCAGAAAGGUGUCUGUGUGGCCUGUGGCCUUUGUGGGUGGCCUACGUUACGAGUCCCCCAAAGUGAACACCCUGGGCAAGGUGUUCGGGUGGAAGACUGUGUUCGACCCACACCGGCCCUUCGCCAUCGACAUGGCGGGGUUUGCGGUGAACCUGCAUCUCAUUCUCUAUAAACCUCAGGCUUAUUUCAAGCUGCGCGGCGUGAAGGGAGGAUAUCAGGAGAGCAGCUUACUGAAGGAGCUUGUCACUCUCAACGACUUGGAGCCCAAGGCGGCAAACUGCACUAAGGUAUUAGUAUGGCACACAAGGACGGAGAAGCCCGUGUUGGUGAAUGAGGGCAAGAAAGGAUUUACAGACUCUAAUGUGGAGAUAUGAGGGCCACCAACAUUGGGAGGGAUUUCAUGCUGGAGUUCAAACUGGAUUUAAACUACCCACAAGUUCUACACAGGAGCAAUCGGUCAGGUCGGUAGCGUUUUACAGCACAGCGGCUGACUUCACCACCAGUCGGGAACGAAGACGAAACCACAGGGUGGCACAUAGCAAGGUGCUUGUGGCUGUGGCGUAUCAAAGCACAGACGAGGCUCUGCACCGCCGGCAGCACUGACUGAUGUGACACACUGGCAGGCUGUUGCCAGAAAGAGCUUGCCUGUCGGGGUCUCUCCACGGAGCCGAGACAAAAGGACCCCGGGGCAAUUUAAACUACAGGAAGAGAUGGCACAGCAAGUAAUAAAAGAGCCCCCUCAACCCAGACCACACCAGCCAACCAUCCAAUCAGCACUUAAAUAGGCUCCUUUUGUUUUGAACUGCACCGCCUGUCUGGGCACAGGGCUGCCCAGAGGAAUAAAAGGAAUAAAGCGGCCCUUGUCUUGAAUGAGUCAGCAUUGACUGACAGACUGCACUGAGAGGGUAUG